GAAGGGGAUGAUGUGGGUGGAAAUGUUUCGUGCACACAAUACCCACAUCUAUCGGAAUAUUUAUUUGCCAAACCGUUUUUUAGACUUGGUGUAGGCUUAUCUUCUGUAAAUGCUAUACAUAUAAAUGGCCAAAUGGACUGCUGGCCUGCCAUGACUGAGAUCUGAUUUUGCAGUUUAAAUGCGAAUAAUACCCCAAUUGUGAAUACUGUAAAGAAUGAGCGUUUUCAUCUGGAUCACUGCUAAAUAAUCUGGGAUUUAUCGCGACAGUAUUUUUAACGGGACCACAUUAGGUUGAAGAUGUCCAAAAUUGAGCGCCUGAACGCCCGAGUGGAAAGGCUGCUGUCUAAAGCGGUGCUGGAGGUUCUGGAGGCGGUGAAGGAGACUGUAUCGGAGUACCAGGAGAAAACUACCAGGACACAGAGAGAGAACCAGAGUCUGAAGAGAAGGCUGCAGGAGCUCCAGGAGAAGUUACAAUUGGGAAGCAACGGAAUUGUGCCACACAUUUCCUCUGCAGCCCGGCUGGCUGAUGCAGAGCUGCAUCUCAUGGAUCAGAAACAGAAAGAGCUGGAAGAUGAGGUUGAACUCACCCCCUCUGAUAAGGACAUUGCAGUCAUUUGCCCCUCGUACUCAUUUGAAGACCUUGAUUAUGAAGCAUCCAUCACAUCAUUUGCCACCCCCUGUCUCUCCCCUAGAGCUACGACGGGACCACAUUUGGGUGGUGAUAACAUGAACCAUACGAGAAAUCUUAAAACUGAGACUGAUAAUCGACUGUUGGCCCCAAUAUCAAAUCCUAUCAGUGACCCUGUCACUGCAGUUACAAUCUCUGAAAAUGACCAUGAAAUGAAACUAGAGCCUACAUCAGAUGAAGACGCAAUGCACGCUACAAAUUAUUUUUAUGACGAUGCUGGUACGAGCGCUACAUCCUUACACAGACAAGCCAGUUCAGGACUCCACCAUGAGUUAGGGAUUGUCUUCAGUCCGGACCAAAAUGGCAUAGAAGAGACACUAUCUCAGAGUUACAAGAAUACAAACGGCGUUGGAGCAGAAAAACAACACGCCACUCAGAUAAACACAAAAGUGGGACGUCCAGGAUCAAGAGCGUUCCAGAAAAACAUCCGAAAACACUACUACUGCUCGCUCUGCGGUCGCACCUUCAGGCACGCUGGCGACUACAAGAAACACAACAGGGUGCACACGGGGGAGAAGCCGUACUGCUGCUCGGUGUGCGGGAAGCGCUUCAGCCAGUCGGGCUACCUGACGGUGCACCUGCGCUACCACACGGGGGAGAAGCCGUUUGGCUGCAGUCAUUGUGGCAAAAGUUUUAGUCACUCGAGCAACAUGAAGAAACACCAGCAAACUCAUCUGUGAGGCUGCUGUGUUAUGUGCUAAUUGUCCAACUCAUAAUAUCCAGAUGUUUCUACACGUUACUGAUAGUUAGGGAUGGUCAGUGACCGCGGUGAAGUUAGUUUUAAGUUGGAUAUUCGACAGACAUUCACCCAGGAUCCAGUUACGGCUUUUUAGUCAGUUCACCCAGUUACGGUUGUAUAAGUGCGGUUAGCUCACCUCUGAUUGCUCGCUUUUAACCAACGGGGGUUAGCUUAGGGACCAUCAAUAAAUUACAAUUGUGAAAACAGUGUUAUGGGAGAAUCAUCAUUUUUUUUCAAUAGCUUCCAAGUCAUGUGACGCAGGGACUUCAAACAAAUGCCGAAUUGUAGUACUACACUAGGCAAAUGAGACAUACCGCUUCAUGUUUGAUUUGAGUGCAUAUUUUAUUUUAUAUUAAUAUUUAUGUAUAUUUUUUUCUUCAAUAGAUUCCAUUUCAAAUGAUUCAGGGACUCAAAACCAAUGCCGAAUUGUAAUACUACCCAUUACACAUAUUACACACCUCUUGUACAACUGCAGUUGUACCACAAAGAGUCAGUCAUUUUCUUCCACAGCAUUGACCAGAUUUCAAAGAAACACUUUAUUUACACAACGGACAUUCCCAGUUUCCUUUCUUUGCCUCUUCAUAUUGUGUGCUGUCCAUUUCCACACACUGAGCAUGGAACCACCGUUCACAGCCAUCACACUGGA